AUGAAAGAGAACAGUUCUAACGACAGAGACCGUAUUAUGAAACAAACAAGUUCUCUAUUUUGCCUGAAUCCAUUCUUGGACGAGGAAGGAAUUCUCAGAGUCGGUGGUCGCCUCACCCGAGCUAGCGUCCCAUUUCACGUCAAGCAUCUAGUAAUUCUUCCACUAAAGGGACACAUAACAGCAUUAGUUAUCAAUCACUAUCACCAAAGAAUUCUUCAUCAGGGCCGCGGAAUGACCCUCAACAAGCUAUGCACAAAUGGUUUCUGGAUAACCGCUGUCGCCCGUCAUAUUUACGAUUGCCUACCGUGCAGGAAGCUAUGUGCCUCCCCCCAAGAUCAGAAGAUGGCGGACUUACCAAAACACUGUUUAGAACCAUCACCUCCAUUCACAGUAUGCGGUGUUUGCUACUUUGGCCCCUGGCACAUAAAGGAAGGAUGACGAGAGAUGAAGAGAUAUGGAGUUGUGUUCAACUGUCUAGCAUCGCACGCGAUACAUCUCAAUACAUCCCGUACGAAUUCUGAGAACCGAUCAAGGCACAAACUUAAUGGGUGCUCGAAACGAACUAUUCGAAGCAGUGAAAGAAAUUAAUCAAGACAAAGUACGAGAAUUCCUACUUGCGAAGGAAUGCGACUGGAUAGAGUUCCAGACUAACGUACCCCCAGCAAGUCACAUGUGUGGGAAUGCCAGAUAA